AUGCCCAGCAGUAAGAAGGCCAAGACGUCGUCCCACGUGACUGGCAUUUCCAACAAGGACUACCAAUGGUUUCCGGAGGAGUUUGGAGAGCAUCAUGGCAAACAUGAAGUCUGGGUGGCCGAGAUCCCGUUUAUCGGGUUGAAAACAUUCACGUGUGACACCUCAGGUCUCACGUUGGAUGAUCUGAAAAAAUGGAUCUCUGACCUGGAGGUGCAGCAUGAGAACGUCCCACCGUCGUUCGCGGGGAAGAAGAUCCGGGACGUGAUCCCAUUGGGGCAUUGGGGGUUCCACUCCACAAUCAGGUCCACACCGUACAAUAUGCCCAUCGGGGCAUUGACAAUGCAAGAUAUGCCGCUGAAAUUUUCAUGGCACUGGUGGAGCCCAAGCUACCAGGAGCACGGUGAAGACUGGGAGUUCGCCCUGUGGCGCUGA